AUGAGGCCCCGGGUUCAAUCCCCGGCAUCUCCACUUUUUUCUUUUUUUUACUGAAAAUGUAACCUUGCGCCUAUUGUCUUUACAAUGAAUUAUUGAUUACAACACCAAGUGAUGAUUCGGAGCUAAACUCAUCCUACCAUAUAAAAACAUUUAAUAAUGUAAUUUAUUUAUGACGUUUAAAUUAGAUCUACUGCUGCUUGCAAAAUGACUCUCCUUGUCCGCUCAGUCAUGGGCGGAGUAUUGGGCAUUGUUUCUGGAAUUUGAUUGGCUACAUUACCUCUUGCUGAUAGAUAGGGCUGGUUGAAAUCACUGGGUGAAAUGCUUGUCCACGCACUCAUGGCAACAUUUUGUAAAAAAUAUAUUUUUGACCGGUGAUGGCCCACGGAAUUAUUUCUAGUUGUUCCUCGCGUUUAAAUGCAAUCCACUCAUAAAACCAAGACACACCAUGGACCAACUGCACGACAUGGCUAUGCAGGCUUUCGUGGAGAUCCAAACAAAUAGCCUAAACACAUUUUCUCGCAACAACAGCCUUGGAUUUGCACUACUAUAGGCAAUACUUUCUAACAUAACGAGAUGGAUAGUAGCUAAACCAAGAAUACCCUAGCCUACACUGGAUUGGCUUUGAUCGGAGGUAACGUUAGCCUACGGAAGGCGAACUAAAAUUAUCCGGCAUUGGCUAAAAUGCAAGGAACCUGCUUGUCCCCACCCCCCUGCCUAUGAACAACGAUUUUAAUGAUUUAUUGAUUCGCUUGAACAAAGAAACGAAAUAUUGUUGCACCUGUACAGAAUAUCAACAUGGAAGGCGUAGGAUGUUACUAGCGUCGGCCGUGGUGGUAUGGGAAUGGCUGAACGAGCACGGGCGCUGGCGGCCUUACAGCCCGGCCGUCUCUCACCACAUCGAGGCAGUCAUCCGCAACGACCCACGGGGUGGUAGUGUUGUCUUAGGCCAGGUGGACUCUCGCCUCUCGCCCUACAUCAUCGACUUGCAUUCCAUGCACCAGUUCCGACAAGAUACAGUUCUGUGGCGUGACCCUCGUCUCUCUACCGUUACCCCAGGUACCCUCCGACCGGUGCGUCGCAGCUUCUACGACCCCACUUCGGCGCCGGGCCAGGGUUGGUUGUGGGAGUGGGAGAACGACACAGGCUCCUGGACAGCCUACGACACAGAGGUGGGCAUCGCCAUCCAGGCAGCACGCGACCGUCAGCAGCCCUGGCUGGACCUGGCGCCACUGGGUUUCUGCUACCUCAUCGACUUUCAGAGCAUGACCCAGAUCAAUGGGCAGACGCAGCGCUGCCGUCGCAUCCAACGCCGCUCCGACUUGGCCUACCCUCUGGUGUCUGGGCCCCUUCCCAAGACACACCACGCCUGGGGACCCAGCCCUGCAGGACUGCCGGGGGUGGGGGUUUCCGGAGUGGGCAUGGGGAACGGGAACGGUAGCGCCUAUCCAAGCGGCGCCCUGCCGGCCUCUGCCAUCACAUCGCUGGGCCAGCCCUGCGCCUGUCAGCAAUGCAUGCUGGUCUUGAGCGUCAAGGCAGGCGCCAUGGCGACGGCUCACACCCUGGGCAGGAGGCCACCUCAGAACAAGCCGCCCAGCCCCAAACUAGGUGGUGGUUACUCGGCCAUGGGGGGGUCUUACUCGCUGACUCUCCCCCGCCCCCCCUCCUCCAUGGCCAGGUCCUUGUCCCCACACAGGACGUCCGCAGGCGGGGCUAGCGGUGGUGUAGGGGUCGGCGGCGGCUUCGCCCACUCGCUCUCCCUCCUGGGUUCGGCCACCGCCGCACUCUCCCUCACCUCUACCCGGCCCCCUCCCCCGCCGCUACCCCCCCUUCCGCCUCCUCCACCGCCUCCGCCCUCCUCCAUUGCGUCCAGUGUCAUUCUUCCUCCCUCCUCUUCCUUCUCCAUGGCGUCCUCCGGCCCUCCGUCAAUGCCCGCGCCGGCUCCUCUUCUCAUCUCCACGGCAACCUCCUCCUGCACCCCCUCACCCUCCGCCCGUGUCCUGGGGCCCGUGUCUUCAGCAGCGGCGGCCUGUGCAGCCCCCCUGCCACCUCGUGCCAGCCUUGCCGGGCUCAGCCGACCCGCCCUGCAACGCAUCGCCAUGGCCCAGUCCAGAGCCCUCAUCGCCUCCGGUGUCCCAACGGUUCCUGUGAAGAACCUCAAUGGAUCUAGCCCUGUCCACCCUGCAUUGGCAGGUAUUACAGGGAUCCUGAUGAGCGCCGCAGGACUUCCUGUCUGUCUGACCCGCCCUCCCAAGCUGGUGCUCCACCCCCCGCCCGUUAGCAAGAGUGACAUAAAGCCCGUCCCCGGCCUCGGCCACUGCUGCCGCAAGACCACCAAGAAGCAAGCUCGCAAAGGCAAGACCCCUGAGGAAGUAGUGAAGAGGUACCUUCAGAAGGUCCGCAACCCCCCAGAGGAGGACUGCACUAUCUGCAUGGAGGCCCUGGCUGGGCCCUCGGGAUACAAGGGCCCCGGAGUUGGGGGAAUCCAGCGGGCAGAGUCGGUUGGUCGCCUGGCUCAGUGUGGGCACCAGUACCACCUGCAGUGCUUGGUGGCCAUGUACAACAACGGCAACAAGGACGGCAGCCUACAGUGCCCUACCUGCAAGACCAUCUACGGCGUGAAGACGGGGAACCAGCCACCCGGCAAGAUGGAGUACCACGUCAUCCCCCACUCGCUGCCCGGCCACCCUGACUGCAAGACCAUCCGCAUCAUCUACAACAUCCCCCCCGGCAUCCAGGGGCCUGAGCACCCGAACCCGGGCAAGCCAUUCACCGCCCGGGGAUUCCCCCGACACUGCUACCUCCCUGAUAGCGAGAAGGGACGCAAGGUACUGAAGCUGCUGCUGGUGGCGUGGGACCGCCGGCUCAUCUUCUCGGUGGGCACGUCCAGCACCACGGGCGAGUCGGACACGGUCAUCUGGAACGAAGUGCACCACAAGACUGAGUUUGGCUCCAACCUAACAGGCCAUGGCUACCCCGACCCAGGCCACCUGGACAACGUUCUGGAGGAGCUUAAGGCCCAGGGGAUCACAGAGGAGGAGUGCCUACCCAGAGACUGAGCUAAAGACGGGCCAAUGGGGAAACAGCAACACAGAGACUUGUUCUGACUCUGGAGACUUGAGACAGAGCUUAAACAAUGAACAUACAGACUCAGAGCAACACAACGGAACAGAGAUGAGAAGAAAUAGACAAAUUAAUAUGUAAAAAAAAAUUAAAAAGAGAAAUACAGAAAUUAACACAGACAGCGCAAAUGUGACAGCAACAGAAACUGAAUGCCUGAAAGACUCCAUACGAGAAGAAGUGACUGAACGGGUGAAUAGAUGAGCCAAGAAAAAGAACCAACGGCACAUUAAACAAAUAGAGAAACAGACAAAUCGACUGUCUGACUGUAGUUUCUAGCGACACUGACUGAGGUACAACAUCAUACACCCUCUGAACAGGUGGGCUGUGGCUUAGCUGCAUAGGUUGGGUGUAUGAUGGAAUGUUUUAGUUUAUUCCUGCUACGUUAAUGGUGGCGUCACAAAAUGUCAUUCAGUGAGACGUUUGAGGCAAAAGUGCACAUACAAUUCAGUGUUGGACAGAAGCUGUUGUUUACACUGUGAGAGUUUGACAAGAAUGUACGGAAUCUGUAUUGGUCCAAUUGAAUUCAAUGGUGAACCAAGUCACCAGAGCUGCUGUAAGUGGUAGGAUGAACGCUAAAAAUGGGUAUUAGUGGGGUUAUGAUAGAUGGGCUAAUGAAUGGUAGAGGGCAAAAAAGUAUUAGACCACCGGCAGCAGAGUAACAAGUCUCUCAUUUACAGAAAACGUUAACGAGAACGUUCAAAAUAUUUAAUGUUAUGACUGGAUGUGUGAGCAUGAAUGUGUAAUGCCCUCUAGUGGUACUUGUCGAAAAAUACAUUCCCUUGGCCUCUAUAGGUUUUCUUCUGUGUUUUAUUAAUUGCUGUAUCAUUUUUGAAAAUGCGUUGUUGUACAUUUUAAAUAGUUGUUAUAUAUUGGCUCGGUUUGAGUUUCAUUUCAUUUUUACAUUCCAUUUUCUUUUCACCUGGUUUAACCGCUGUAUGUUGUCUGUUUGAUUGCUACAGCAUUGUUUUCUAUAUGUGACAUUGUAAGGACAUGAGUCAGGCUUGACUCUUCCUCGAGAGGGCUCCUAAAUAUUACAAGCCUCUGUGGGUGUCUGUGUGUUAAUAUCUGAGUUUUUACCUCGGACGAUUUAAGACUCGUCCGUUGCCAGGCCCUUUCAGUGUUAGUGUUUUGGGAACCCUCUCGGUGGGGUGGGUGAGCCUAAAAGCACAAAAUGAGAGUCCUUUUCAAACCAUGUGUGCAUCUCAAUAGUCUUACAUAGCUUCCUCUCCAAUUCUUUCAUGUCAUGGCAGAUGAUUGAACAGGGAUGGGGGGGUGAGAAGGGCACUAGACUAUUGAGAUGCACCCCAGAAGGAAUUAAAUCAGAUAUAAAGCUGUGAUUGGACCUGCCACGUGAGGUCAGAUUUGCACUGCACAGAGCAUCGUCUUUCUUUAUUCCUUUAGUCAAAAGGAAACAUGGAAAGUUAGGCAUGACCUUAAGAAGUUAUAUCUAACCGUUAAAACUACUUUGGGUUUCAUUUUCUUUCUUUUAGACACCAGCUUCAAGCGAACCUUCUGCUGUUUUUGCUGUAAGGAGGAACAAAGAUUUGCUCUGUCGUCGAUCUAACCUGUGGUCAAACGGUCCAGUCGGUUUGUGUUAGGUCCAUGACUGACCUGCUUAUAAAGCGGUACUAUUGACAAUAUGUUUGAGUAUGUGUUAACAUGCAAAUGUUAGGCCAACAUUUAUAAUUUAUAUUUUUUCUGUAUGUAUGUGUGUGUUUAUGUAUACAACUUUACCUUAAACAUUUUGUAAAGGUACGGUUAUAACGCAACUCUAUACUUAAUGAAUUUUAUUUAUUGUGCUCUAUUUUUUAUAAUUUUUAUCAAAUAGUUUUUUUUGUAAGUGGCAUAUCAAAACCACAUGUUUAUUUAUUUUUUACUUUGUAUUGUUUAGCCACAUUUUACAGCUGUGUGACUACAUGAUGUCUACAUAUCCAUCACAUGACUGCUGUAAUUGUACUUUCUGGGAAAGGGUACUGCAUUUGGCACAUGUUAUGUGACCCUGUAUCCCCCCUCUCCCCAAUGAUACCAGCAGCUGGUAUGUCUUAUGCAGGACUUGAUGUAGUCGUGUUUUAUGUCUAUUCAGUUCUUGCACUGCUCAGUUUGGCACAUGUCAUUUUCUUUCCCAGGCACAGUUUGACUACUGGUCCGUCAAUGGGAAUAAAACAACGGUUGAAGGCUCAUGACCACUUUGUAAAAAAAAGCUGUUAAUAAAACCUUUGUAAAAGUUGUAAUGGAGAGAACGAAUGACGUUGAGAACUAUGAUGGCAGAGAAAGUAGUAACGUAUAAAACUACAAAAGACUUGCAUUUAAAGUAACAGUGGGACAAUUAAAAUAGCAGUAUGAUGA